CCUAAAGCUAAAACGAAAAAAGCCAAAUAUCCAAAAGUAGGAGAACUUCCUUCUUUUAAAAGAAGACCUCUUAAAAGGCAUGGACGUCUUUAUGCUAAGGCAAUUUUUACUGGUUAUAAACGAGGCCUACGUAAUCAACAUGAACACACAGCACUACUUAAAGUUGAAGGAGCUAGAACUAAAGUGGAUUCAGAUUUUUAUGUAGGAAAACGAUGUGUUUAUGUAUAUAAGGCAAAGAAUAAGACACCUGUUCCUGGUAAAAAAGGCAGGAAAACAAAAGUUAGAGCUAUUUGGGGUAAGGUAACCCGGCCACAUGGAACCAGUGGUUCGGUACGUGCUAAAUUUAUGAAGAAUCUGCCAGCUAAAGCUAUGGGUCAUCGUAUAAGAAUUAUGUUGUAUCCCAGUCGGAUAUAGAAAUUUUUUGUUGUAUAAAAUAAGUAAAUAAAUACCACUUUGGUA